AUGGAUCUGGAAUAUUUUCAGAAAGUGUCCGCAGUUAUUAUGGAAAAGAUGCAACAAUGUUCUGUUGGCCUUGAAAGAGAUGAUGAAUGCCACAAGAAAUCUUUUACUUCACGUGUUGGUUUGAUGAAUGCUGCUGAACUGGAUGAUGAAGAAAAAGAGUUGAUUGCCUUAAGAGCAGAAAUGAAGAAUUCCAUAGAUACAGCUUGUUUUCACCACAAACAGUUUUAUCUGGUGAAGUUUAUGACCUACCAGGAUAGAUGCUGUGACCCUUUUCAUUCACACAAAAAACCUGUUCAUGGUUCUUUACGAUUAAUAAAGAUGGAACUUGUGAAGUCAGCACAGCGACUCCAAUUGCAUUUGAUUCCUGGAAAAAAGUUAUGUCCCACAUGCCGCAAAACACUAUCAGCCAUUGAGGCAAGUCGGAAUGAUAGCACAGAGGAAGACUCCAGUGACGAAAUGCUAUUUGUGGAAGAAUCUGUUUCGCGUGAUGAAGAUAGGGAUCAGUUGUAG